CAUUAGUACUACUGCUAAGCGUUGGACGCUAUUACGCGGGAAAUUCCUUUGCAAAACAAAAACAAACCAGUUCAACUGUCAAGUGUAUUUUAAAAAACACUCGUUCCUUUGAAUUUAUUUUGGUAUGUUAAGAUGGAAUCGUUUGAUUUUGUUAUCCCGUUGAGUUUGGAUGCUCUUCAAGAGGCUUCUAGUACACGGCAGUAUGCAGUCACAAAUAUUUCCAGCAGUAAAGAACUUCCAAAGAAAAUCAUAGACACAACAGUUUCAUUUCGGAAACAUGGCUCAAGUUUCAUUUUACAAGAGCAAAACUUUGACUCAUUAUACAGUGUACUGGUCAACUUUAAGGCUGUCGAUGAGGAAUGCAAGGAGAAAUCCUGGGAUUUACUUGUGAAAGCCAUAACAAAGCUGUCUUCAGAAAUUUCUCCUGUUGUAGACGAAAAUGAUAUGUCUUCAAGUGAUAGACAUAGAUGGUUAAACAUUCUUAAAAUGACUACAUACAUUGCGUGUACUUUAACUGAAGCCUUUGAAAAGCAUUCCAAUAAGCCAACUCUGGAUACAGCCCUGAUUACCAAGGGACGAAAAAAAUCUUCCAAGAAAAUGGAGGAUGAGAGAGAUUGGGAGGACGACCGUAAUCAAAUGCUGAACCAACUUUAUGGGUUGUUGCAACAUCCACUGCAGCGUCUGUGGGAUCCUCCCAUAAUGGAAGAAGAUUUUGUCAAUUUGAUUGCUAACUGCUGCUACAAAAUUUUAGAGUCCCCUAAUAUGAAUCUGGUGAAAACAAAGCCUACCAGGGACUCUGUCUUCCAGAUUAUUGGAUCACUGGUCAAGAAAUUCAACCAUGGCCUUGCUUGCUCACUCAAACUCAUGCAGUUACUUCAGCACUUUGAACACAUGGUAACUCCAGCAGCCCAAGGAAUUAUCCUUCUUAUUAACUCUUAUGAUAACAAGAGUGUCAUAAGUGAAAUGAUAAGGGAAAUAACCAAAACAGAUGCAAAGGAAUUGAUGAAAGACACCUCAGGGCUUCGCAACUUUUCUCAGUUUAUUGUGGAAGUUGCAGAGAAGUGCCCGCAGGUGGUCAUGCCUUCCCUGAGCCUUCUUAUCAAUUUUCUGGAUGAAGAGGCAUACGUUAUGCGCAACUGUGUGUUGUCAAUACUUGGUGCAAUAGUACUAAAAGUUCUAAGUGGAGACGACCUUGAGGACAAGAAUAAGGAUUUGAGAGACCAGUGUCUGGACCACCUAGAGGAUCACAUACAUGACAUUCAUGCAUUUGUGCGCAGUAAGGUUUUGCAGAUCUGGAAUGAUCUCAUAACUGAGAAGGCUGUCCCACUUAGACGUCAGCAACACGUCUUGGAGCUGGUACUUGGACGUCUCAAAGAUCGUUCAUCAACCGUAAGAAAAAAUGCAGUCCAAUUAUUAACUGCCUUUUUGAAAGGCAACCCUUUUGCUGCAAAGUUACCUCUAGAAGACUUACAGUCACAGUUUGAAAUAGAGUAUAAGAAAUUAAAGGAAAUGGAUCCUGAUGCAUCUGAUGACCCAGGAGCUGAGAAGCCCACAAAGAAGGUUCUCUCCCCAAGUGAUAAGUGGGAGGCAAAGUUACCGGAAAUUGCUGAAUUUAUUUUGGAAGUUGUCAAAGAAGGUGCAACGGAUGAUGAUGAUGAUGAUGAAGAUGAUGGGGAGGAUGUUUUAGAUGAAGAAUCUUCCUUAAAUGAUGCAGUUUUAGAGGUUGCUGCUGCGAUGGAUAAGGACAAUAUCAGAAGAGCUAUAAAGCUUCUUGAAUCAGCACUGGAAAUGUUCCAUGGAGCUGAGAUAUUGUCGUAUGAUCCAGAACAGGCUUUCCAAACCAAGACGGAUUUUGAUGCUACCAGCUUUUCAUCUUACCAGAUGCAUAUUCUUGUUGUAUUGAAACGUAUAUUUGUUUCAUCAAAGUCAAUGGAGUUGAGAAAUUCUCAGAAUAAAGAAGAUGGUAAGGAAGAUGAGGAAUCUGAGGACAAAGAUCCUGAUGAAGAGAAGGAAAAUCCAGAAGUAACAAAGCAGAAGCUAUUGGUGGCUUAUUUAAAGGAUUCUGUUGGAUUUGCUAAAUUGAUCAAUGAAGGUAUUCCUGUAGUGUGUCAGCUGCUUGGUAGCAAGCAAGUAUCUGAUGUUAUGGAAGCUAUCUCAUUCUUUGUCACAGCAUUUGAAUUUGGACUGCUUAAUGCAAAAGCAGGCGUCCUGAAGAUGCUGGUCUUGGUAUGGAGCAAAGAACAGGCGAUCAAGGAUGCAGUGGUGGAGGCUUACCAGCGUCUCUAUAUCAAUUCAGAUAUCUCGAGUGAUAGAGCCAGGGCCCAACACAUUGUACGGAAUCUAUCAGCCCUGAUUACUGGCUCAACUCUAGGGGAAAGGACAUCGUUAGAUGAAAUCGUCUCUCAAUUUGUCAAUUCAGGUGAUAUCAACAAGCACUGUGUUACUCUGAUGUGGGAAAAGUUCACCAAAACCUUGCCCGAUACCACAGAUGACGAAGCACGUGCAGCUUUAGUUCUUCUGGCAAUGUGUGCAAAUUCCGAAGUGAGUAUCAUCUCAAGUAACAUCAGUGUCCUUGUGAAGUCUGGUUUAGGAGAGAGAGGUGAGAAGGAUUUUGCGCUUGUAAAGGAAACCUGUUCAGCUUUACUGAAAUUGGCUGUGAGCAAGCCAAAGACUGAUUCACCAAAUGCUCCUUUUAGAUUGGAACAAGAUCAUGAAAUCUUUAUACGUCUAGCAAAGAUUCUUGUUGCUGGCCUUACCCGCCUAGAAGACCGGCAGUAUUGUCCAAUGGCCACUCAAGCUAUUUCAACUAUAUAUUCUUUGGCAGAACAUCCAGAUAUUAUAAGUGGUGAGAUUAUUCAGAAUAUGGCAACAAUUAUGCAGGAACAAACUGUAGAGGCUGAAGAAUCAAAUCCAGAAGAUUCUGCAUCACAGGGACUACUUCAGGUGCCAGUUGGCAUUUUAACUCGGUUUAUUGUUGUUGUUGGACAUGUAGCACUGUGUCAGUUGGUGCAUCUUGACACAUACAUUUUCUCAGAACUCAAGCGUAGAAAUUUCUUGAAGGAAGAAAUGGAAAAUGAGAAGAAGUCCAAGAAAAAGAACAAAAAUCACAGAAAGUCUCUUAUUACAUCUGCAAGUGAAGCAUCCAUUAGUAAAUCUGAGCCUGACAUUGACGAUGAAAUGGAGCUGACUGGAGCUGUAGCUGAUGACUUGGAAGCUGAGUACAUUCGGUCAAUCUGCGAUUCUGAAAUCAUCAAGGGGGAGAACCUCUUAGACCUCAUAAGGCCAACUAUUUUGGCCAUAUGUUCCAAUCCUGGGAGGUAUAGCAACCCUGAUCUUCGAGCUGCUGCGACUCUCACUCUUUCAAAAAUGAUGAUGGUUUCAUCAGAGUUUUGUGAAGAUAAUUUGCAGUUGCUUUUCACUAUCCUGGAGAAAAGCGAAGAGCCUGUUAUUCGUGCUAAUAUUGUGAUUGCACUUGGUGACUUGAGCUUCAGGUUUCCCAACCUACUGGAACCAUGGACGCCACGCAUUUAUGCUCGGCUUCGUGAUCAUUCACCCAAGGUGAGGCAAAAUACUCUGACAAUCUUAACACAUCUCAUCCUGAACGACAUGGUGAAAGUGAAAGGGCAGAUCUCGGAUAUUGCUCUGUGCAUCACAGAUGAGGAUCCACGCAUUUCAGGUUUAGCAAAUCUUUUCUUCACUGAGCUAGCAAGAAAGGGAAAUGCUCUCUACAAUGUUCUGCCUGACAUAAUCUCCCGUCUCUCUGAUGCAGAAUUGUCAUUAGAGGAACAAAAGUAUAGAAUAAUAAUUGGGCCCAUAUUUGCUCUACUGCAGAAGGAUAAGCAGCUGGAAACUCUUGCUGAAAAGCUUUGUCAUCGUUUCCAAGCCACCAUAACUCCACGGCAGUGGAGAGACAUUGCAUAUUGCUUGUCUUUACUUCAGUACAAUGACAAAAGCGUCAGGAAGUUGAGUGAAAACUUUGCUUGUUAUGGAGAUAAACUGCAUGAGCCUGAGGUGUUUGACUUCUUCCUUGGCAUACUUGCUAAUGCGCGCAAGAACAGUAAGCCAGAGGCAAAGGCACAGAUAGAUGAACUGGAGGCAAAGAUACAAGAAAACCAUGACAAAGGUGUCGAAGAUGAAAAUGCUCUCACUAAUGCUGCGAACGCAAAAUCCAAGUCAAGAAAGCCUUCCAAAACAGUUACCAAGGUAAAGAGGGUGAGACUCCAAGUUGCAGACUCAUCGAGUGAAGAUGAAGGAGGAAGGGAAAGUGGCAGUGAAGACAACCUAAGCAAACCACCACCUGCUAUGAAAAGUGUUACAGAGAGUCAACGGACACGGCGAUCCUCAGCUCGAGUUAGCAGAAGAUAAUGCAUUUUAAAAAUUACUGUAUUUUGUAUAGUAUGAAAAUAACUUGGUUUUAUAUUUGAGGUGGUAGAGGAUAAUUCAUUAUUGUAGUAUAAUGUAGAAAAGUAGAUAAUUGUAACCUAUGUGAUUUACUCAAAUCUAAGCUAAUAUCUUAAUAAUGUAACUUUGUAGCUUCUCUAGAAAAUACAUUAAGACCAAAAUUAAA